AGCUGCAAUGGAGAGCUUAAAUGAAAGACUGGGGAAGGUUUCAGUUGGAGUGCCAUCUAAGCCGUCUAUUUUUACAUUUGUGCCACUGAUACAGAAAUUACCCGUUGAAAGCAUCAUAAGGGGAGAGGAGAGAUCUGGAGCCCUUACAGGAAAACUAAACGAGAAUUCAGCCGUGUCCAAGGAGAAGGCAACAACAGGGGCGAUGUCAGACAGGCAGAUUUUCAAAGCCGAGAUCGUCUACAUCAAAGAUUCAGAGGAGGGAGGAGUAGGAGCCAAAAUCAAAGGGGAGACACGUCUUCAACCACACAAGAUCAAGUUAAGCUACAAAUCGCUUGCUGCGAUUCCCACAAACACCCUUCUGUUGGACCAGCAGGCAAUAGACGACCAGGUGGAAAGAGAGGAAGAUCACUGUGAGACACCAGACAAGGAGCUUUCAGAUACUCAUGCUGAGAUGUGCUCCCCUGCACAGCUGCGACAGCAGUCAGAGGAGCUGUACGCCGUUAUUGAUGAGGUGCUGGGCGACUCCAUUGCAACAUGCACAACCUCCCGGUCGCCUCAACCCUCCAGAGAAUCAACCAGCAACACUGGUCCGCAGCAUAUGCAGCAACACACAUCAUCUCCAAAAUCCCUGGGACGUGAAACAAAAUAUGCAACAUUAUGCAGCUUUCACCCGCCUGCAUCUGGUGAGAGAAAGCUGACGGACAUUCAAAAGACUAAACCCGGGGUUAUUCGUCCAGCGACUGCCAUUCCAAGGUUGACAGUGGAAGAUGAAGAAAAAUAUCAUGGCAACCCCUUCAGGCAGCACAUUGUCGGGCAAUCGUUAACUUAUAGCAGAAAGUCAUCCCGCCCUUUUGUGACAAUUCAUGAGAAUGAAACGCUGAUUUCUGAUGAGGUGGUAAAAACAUCUCUUGAAGAGACAGGGGGAGGCUCUGAUACAAGUCCAACAUGUAGAACAUUUAGCAAGGAGAAGAGCCCUCAGAGAGGAAACACAUUUUCAACAUCCGACCUGUUAAUCAUUGAGCCUGAGGAGCAGAUCGCCCACCCUGUGAAAGAUGGAUCCUGGCAAGACACUUCAGCACCUUUCAGCUCGGUCCUGCUGCGGUUCUAACUGAAGCUCUGGAGACUCAUAUUUAAAACCUCAGCAGAAGAGAGAGAAAAUAUUUAUAACCAUUUACUAUACGUGACACAAAAAGGACUCCUUUUUUUUUUUUCCAAAUCAUUGAUAUUUGCUGAAAGGUGGCCAACAAGAGAAGACCAUUACAAAGCUAUUAGAUGAAGAGAUAUGUCAAGUGAAUGGCAUCUUGCAUAGAUUGGCUUUUAUCUGCAGUUUACAGCGAACGCCUGACUCAAUUAAUGAAUAAAACAUUUUCACAGCCUUUUGUGACAUUAUUCAAGUGGAUAAUGGUGUCUAGAGACAUUUAAAAGUGCAAAGGGUGAAGACUAUAUGGUUAUUAGAAGGGAAGUGCAACACAAAUCAUAGCGAUGCACUUGAUGUGGCUCUGAUUAAUUUUCUAUUCAUCACAUGCAAGCUUUGUUUUGAAAUAAUUAAAAAGGAAAAAGAAGAAAACAAUUUGAGCAGUUCACACGGCUCACUCAUAGGAGUCAUAUUACUGGAACAGAAAAUGAUGUAAAUGAUGUAACUCACUGAUCUCCAUAGAAAAUGAUGCUGUAAUAUCAUUACAUACUUUGAAAAUUAUGUGACGUGUAAUAAAUGACUUCCCCACCAUUAUGCUAAAUGAUUUCAUUUCCCUCUGGUGCAUAUACAUCUUCAAAU